UUUUUAUUAUUUCAAAUUAUGAUAGUGGAAAAAUUGGAAGAAAUGUGAAAGAAGUUGUGGCUUAUUUCAUUAUUAAAUUUCUAGUACCAUUUCCUACGUUUUAAAAAUAUGACUUCCUAGGGGUUAUAACUCAUAAAAAUAAUUUUAGAUUUAUCGAACUUGAUAGCAGACGAUAAAUGAUGGAAAUCUGCGAUCUUGGAAAAUACACGGAUGCAAUUGCAUGUUUGCAGCAAACACUUAGUGAGGGAGGUAAAGCUAGUAAUGUUGACAUUCAUCUGAUGUUAUCUAAUAUACAGAGAUGUGAAGCCAUUGUAAAACAGCUUCUGUUGAUUGAAAAGGACUCAUUUUAUUCUACUGCAUUAUCCAGCCUAUUAACUAGUUUGACAGCACAGAUAAAUAUCUUAAAUAAAAAAAUAUUUCAACUAAAUGAAGUGUGCCACAGUGUUCUAAAAUCACAGGAUACUAAAACAGGAUGUAUUCAAAGCUUACAGAAUGGAGCUAAUCAAGAUUUAAAUCAAAAGCAUGAUAAGGACUUUGAUGACCAACAAUCAAAACACCGUCAGAAUGUUAUAGAAUCAACCAUUUCAAAUGCAGGGAAAGUUGGUUUUGAUGAUGUAAUUGGUCUUGAAGAAGCAAAAUGCUCACUACAAGAUGCAGUCAUCAUGCCUUUAAUAUAUCCCCAUCUGUUUUCUGGUGGAAGAAAACCUUGGAAAAGAAUAUUGCUUUUUGGGCCACCUGGAACUGGUAAAACACGUCUAGCACAAGCUGUUUCUACUGAAGUUAAAGCCACAUUUUACUUUGUUUCCAGUUCUGAUCUUAUGUCAAGUUGGGUUGGAGAAAGUGAAAAGUUAAUUAAAGAAUUGUUUCAUCAUGCAAGCAAUCAACCUAGACAAUCAGUUAUAUUUAUCGAUGAAAUAGACAGCUUGUGUCGUCAUCGGCGCUCUCAAGAAGAUGAAGGUACAAGAAGAAUAAAAACAGAACUACUUAUACAAAUGGAUGGUGCAGACAGAUGCCAGCAAGAUAAGAUUUUCUUGUUAUGUGCAACUAAUUGUCCAUGGGAUUUAGAUACUGCCUUUUUGAGACGCUUUCAGAAAAGAAUAUACAUUCCACUUCCAGAUGUUUCGUCUCGCAUUCAUUUGAUGAAACUCCACUGUAAAGGAAAUAAUGUAAAUUUGUCUGACUCUGACUGGGCGCAACUUGCUACACAAACAGAUGGAUACUCAGGGAGUGAUUUAUCAACACUUACCAAUGGGGCACUUUUCCAGCCUAUCCGAGAUCUACAAACAGCAAAUUAUUGGCAGCAAACUAAAGAUGGACAUUGGAUUCCCUGUGAGGUCCACACCAAACUGGCUGUGAAAGCAAAAAUGAUAGAUCUACCCCCAAACAAGGUAUGCCCAAGAGAUGUAAACUUGGAAGAUUUUCUUACUUCAUUAAAGAUCCACAGACCAACAGUAUCCAAAGAAGAACUGCAUAAAUUUUCUGCAUUCACUUCAUGUUAUGGUCAAUCUGGCUAG